AUGGGUGUAUUCGACCUUGAGGAACAACGUCUUGCCAUUGGUUACGCCGUAGAAUACAUCAAGCAUGCUAUAUUUGAGCAUUUUACUCGGUUCGAGCCAAGAACACUGAUCAUAUGUGGUUCAGGACUAGGAGGAAUUGUUGACAAAGUUUCAGUCAAACCAGCGCCAUUGGAGAUCCCAUAUACUCAAAUUCCAGGAUUCAAGUCUAGCACCGUGGCUGGUCACCAAGGAAAGCUGGUUUUUGGAUACAUGCAGGGAAGUCCAGUGGUGUUGAUGUGUGGGAGACUGCACUACUACGAGGGCCACGAACUACACGAGACGGUCUUCCCCAUCAGAGUCAUGAACGAAUGGGGGUUUGUUAAGAAUCUGGUUGUAACCAAUGCAUGCGGAGCUGUAAAUCCUGAUUAUCAGGUCGGAGACCUGAUGUGUCUGAACGACCACAUCAAUUUUCCUGGCUUGGCAGGCCAACACCCAUUGAGAGGACCCAACUUUGACGAAUAUGGCCCUCGAUUCCAAGCUCUCAGUGAUGGUUACGAUUUAGUUCUCCGCAAACUACUUUACAGUAAAAGAGCUGAGUUAGGUUUGACCAGGCCUCUGCACGAGGGUGUUUACACGUACGUGUCCGGACCUACUUUUGAAACAAGAGCCGAGGCCAGAAUGGUGCGCUUGUUUGGUGGAGAUGUUGUGGGUAUGAGCACGGUUCCCGAAGUGAUCGUGGCAAGGCAUUGCGGACUCAGGGUUUUGGCCUUGAGUCUCAUUACGAACCAGGUAGUCGUUGAUCCACCAGCCAGUGCACUGGACGAAAACCCGGUUCCAAUCGAUCAAGGAAAAGCCACCCACGAAGAAGUCUUGGAAGCCGGAUUUUUGGCCUCAGUGGAUGUUGAACGUCUUGUAGAAGCAGUCGUUGCCGAGCUUUGA